GUGUUAAACCGAAAGUCUCGACUACAACUGGAGGCAAAACAUCAAUGGGAGUCACUUGUGUGUCCCAGGUGCCUGUGGCGGAGGGGAAGAGUGUGCAGCAGACAGUGGACAUGUUGCACAAGAAACUGGAGCAGCUGGGCGCUGUGAAGCAGGGAAGCUUCUGUGUAGACUGUGAGACAUACCAGACCUUAGGAAGCGGUCAGAACACCAAGCUCUUAUAUGUGAUGCACAACACUGAAACUCCCCUGAGCUGUCUGGCCCUGUUUGAGGGUGGACCCUGUCUCAUAGCUGAUGCAAACUUUGAUGUCCUCAUGGUGAAGCUAAAGAGCCACUUCCAGAAUUCCAAGGGACACAAGGUGGAGUGCCGUGGUGCAAGAUACCGCUACUGUGACUUCUUGAUAAAAGUUGGUACCGUGACAGUGAGCUCCAGUGCCAGAGGGAUAUCAGUAGAGGUGGAGUACUGUCCUUGUGUGGUUCCAGGGGACUGCUGGAAUCUCAUGAAGGAGUUCAUGCAGUCCUUUCUUAGCCCCGGCAUCCUUGAACUGCCAUCUGUGUUUGCUGCCAAGCCUGAAGGACUCUUCGCACCAGCAGACAGCAUUGACACCAUGACUCAGUACUUGGAGUUAUUCAACAAACUUCGUAAACUGCAAAUGCCAGGAAGUAAUGUGCGUUGAACAGUCAGUGAGAAUGGAGAGAUCUGUUUUGUUUUUGUUUUUUUCAUGUUUGUAUUGAUGUUGCUGUAAUUCUGGUCCUAUGGAUCAGCAUGGUAUCUAGGCAUUUUUGAAAGCCUGGGAUUUUUAUAACUAUAUCUGGAGCCUCAAUUGCAUUAUACCCCUAUUUGAUGAAAGCAUCUUGUAUUAAAGAGAGCUAGUGAAAAACAGUGGCCAGAAUCUGUGUUACUGAACAUUCCCACUAUGGUAAUCCAUAUAUAAUCAUAUUGAACACAUAUAUUUCAAAUGUCAUGUUUGUGAGGCUAUGGCAUAUAAGAGUUGUUAUAUGAGGCACAUUUUUAGCUGAAAGUACAAUUACAUAUAACCGACUGUUUUUCUUUUGGUUUAGCUCAUUGGACUUCCUGUAACGGUUGGAGGCUCAAGACUUAUGUUUAAUUAGUUAGUAGAAUUUUAAACAGGAAAAACAUUAUUGAAGUAUGUACAAGGACUCUGUGUCUGUCUGUGCAGAUAUACAGUCUAUGGUGCAGAGACACAUGAUCACUUUUCACUGUAAACGUCUGCGUUCUUCAGACUUUUUCAUGGAAGAGAUUUUGACCUGUAGCAAUAAAAGCACAGGUAACAUGAAUUAGGUCUCUGUUCUGUUCACAGUACCCAUUAAGCCAUACUGGUGAUCACAGUACCACAUGUUUUUACUUGUCAGAAUAGGAAAAGCACAGAUGUUACUAGUAAUCUUGACAAUAGCUCUGUUCCACUCAAGUGUUCCAGGAAGCAAAAUAGAUCUUAGCUAUCAUUAAUUUUAUUAUUUAAAUCUGUGCUUCUGCUGUUGUGACAUGUCAAAAUGUCUUCUUUGAAAAAGACCUAUGAUAAAAGGGCAACUUUUUUUUUUCUGUGGACACCCAUGCAGUCAAGAGGAGAGGUCUAGUCUAAUCAGGCAGAAUAGGUAAAAACACUUGUGGGGAUGGAUCAUGGAUGUGCUGGAUCUUUAAAAGUCUGCUUUCAUUUCUUUGUAAGCCUUUGAGGACUUUUACUUAUAACAAUAUAGUUACAUUGAGAUCCUGACACUUUUAUGUGAGGAAAGGAUCUGAAUACUUCGUACAUUACUGCUGUUUGACAGAUAAAAAUGUACACAUUGAGAAACAUCUCAGACAGAAGAUUUAUGGGGAUUGAAAGUAUGAAUAAAUAAAUGGAAAAA